AUGGAACCUACUAUCAAGUAUGCCAGACAGGAACUGGGCGCAGAGAAAAUCGCUGGGGCCGGUUACUGCUUUGGUGCGAAGUAUGUCUGUCGCUUUUCGAAGGACAAGAAGCUUGAUGUGGGCUAUCUGGCCCACCCCUCGUUUGUGUCUCAUGAGGAACUUGGCGGCAUUACUGGUCCUCUCACCAUCGCUGCAGCAGAAAUCGAUCAAAUCUUCACCGCCCAGCUCCGACACGAGUCUGAGGAUAUUCUCAAUAAGGCUGGUCAACCUUGGCAUAUUAGCCUCCAUGGUGGUGUCUCACACGGAUUCGCUGUCCGCACCGAUUUGAGUAACAAAGCUUUCAAGGUUGCGAAGGAGCAGGCUUUCGUGCAGGCACUCAGCUGGUUCAAUCAUUAUAUGUAA